AUCUCAGUUACUUAUAUGUUUUCAAAAUCUUGUCCUGAUACAAAAUAUUUUCAGUUUAUCUUUUCUAUUUCUGACAUACCAUGCUUUUUCUCUCAUAUACAAUAUGUUAUUGUUUAUAACAUAUCGAUUUAUAUAUCCAUAUUAUUAUGCCAUAAUUUUUUAAAUAUAACAUUAUUUAAAUAUUAAACUGUUUAGCUGAUAUGGAAAACAGUAUGAAGGUUCCUCAUAAAAUUAAAAAUAGAACUACUAUAUUAUCUUGCAAUCCCACUUUUGCGUAUAUAUCCAAAAGAAUUGAAAGCAAAAUCUUGAAGAGAUAUUUGUACACCCAUGUUCAAUGCCAUAUUAUUCAAAAUAGCCAACAGGUAAAAUCAACCCAAAUGUCCAUUCACCAAUAAAUGGAUAAAGAAAAUGUGGUAUAUACAUACAAUAGAAUAUUAUUCAAUGUUAAAAGAAAGAAUCUUGUCAGAUGCUACAACAUGGAUGAACCUUAAGGACAUCAUUCUAAGUGAAAUAAGCCAGACACAAAUACUGUAUACUAUAUCAGUCCACUUAUGUGAGGAAUCUACAGUAGCCAAACAUACAGAAACAGAGAGUAGGACAGUUUUGACAGGGGCCUGGGGAAGAAGGAAAUGGGGAAUUGUGCAAUGAAUAUAGUUUCAGUUUUGCAAGAUGAAAAACUUCUAGAUACCUGCUGCAGAACAGACCUAGUAAAGCUACUGAAAUGCACACUGAAAAAUGGUUAGAUGAUAAGUUUUAUGUUAUAUAUAUUUUUACUACAUUAAAAACUAAAGGAAAAAAAGAACUUUGAGCAUGGCAGGGGGAGGGCAGGGGAAAUGCUUAAAUAAUCCAGCUGUAUUUAAAGAUAUGAUUAAGACAAUGUCCAGAAUACAUCAGUUGUUUGCCAUUUCAUUUUAGGAUUUAGAAAAAGCUGAUGUAGAUGACAUUUAGGCAAAAAAAAAAAAAAAAAAAAAAAAGCCAAAGAGAAUUUGUAUCACUUGAUAUGCUUUAGCUGCAAAAAUAUAAUAAUGAAUUAGAUAUGGCUUAAAAUAUAAGGACACUUGGUGCUUAACAAGAAGUUCUGAAGUGGGCAAUACCAGAGUUGGCGCAAAGAAUCAAGGACGUCACCAAGACCCAGGCUCUUCUCAUCCUUCUACUCUGCCAUCCUCAGACUGUCCAUGGUCUCUUCCUUUAUGAGAUAUUGUUGGCCCAGCUCUGAGAAUUACAUCUUCACAGAGGCAAAGUCAAAAAGUCAAAAAGUUCUUACUCCUAAGGAGAAAAAUUGUCCCACAAGUCCCAGAUACGCCACCCCUUUGUCUCAUUGGCAAGAUCUGGGUUACAUGCCUAGUCCUAGACACUGUUGGCAGAUAGACAGGAUUGCCAUGAAUGGUUUAUGUUUCUGCAUAUCUAAAUUUUGUCUUUGGUGAAAGAAAAGAGAUUUGUCAGCUAAGAAACAACAUUCAUCCUAGGUAACAAAUAACUUCCCAGGUUGUUGACAUCCUCUGAUUUCUGCAGAACUCAAACCAUUUUUCAUUUUUAAGAACUUCUGCAAAGGGCAGUCAAACUCUUUUCAAAGUUACCCUGAGGAUUCUGCCUUACUCCGAAAAACACCUGAAAAAUCUCUUUUAAUCUGAUUAAUUUUCAAUGUUUUCAGGUCAGAAAACUAAGUCUUUUUUUUUCAAUAUAUGAAGUUUAUUGUCAAAUUGGUUUCCAUACAACACCCAGUGCUCAUCCCAAAAGGUGCCCUCCCCAAUACCCAUCACCCACCCUCCCCUCCCUCCCACCCCCCAUCAACCCUCAGUUUGUUCUCAGUUUUUAAGUGUCUCUUAUGCUUUGGCUCUCUUCCACUCUAACCUCCUUUUUUUUUUUUUUUCCUUCCCCUCCCCCAUGGGUUUCUGUUAAGUUUCUCAGGAUCCACCUAAGAGUGAAAACAUGUGGUAUCGGUCUUUCUCUGUAUGAAAACUAAGUCUUUAAUCAGGCAUAUCAGAACCACUUAUUUUGUACAAAGGGAAGAAGAGAAUGUGUUCAUUUCCUGUCUGACCAUUUUCCAGUCAGCUCAAUGCAUUCUUAAGCACAGACACUGACACUGCUUUAAUUCUUUUUUAACCACAAUAUAGAGGGCUUAUUUAAUUCUGUCAGUGUGUCUUUGACCACCACAUUUAAGAAUAUGGAAUGUGUACAUUUUAGAAUUCACUGAUAGUCUUCUCUUUCCUUUAACUUAAAAAAAAUUCAUUAACAUAUAACAUACACACACAAACACUGCACAAAUCUGACUGUAUAGCUUAAUGGUUUGUUACAAGGUAAACCAACCUCAGUAAUUAUUUAAAGAAAUAGGAGUAUAGAACUCAGAGUCUCCUUAUGCCCUCUUCUAGUCACUACUCUCUACCUCAAGAAUAGUAUUUUACUUUCUAACAUCAAACACCACAUAUUCAAUUUGUGGGGUUUUUGAACUAUUUACAAAUGAAUUCAUACAGUAUAUGUUUUGUGUCUAGCUUUUCACUCAACAUUAUGUUUGUGAGAUCCCUCUGUGUAGUUGCACAUAUGUUUAUUCUUAUUACUGGUUAGAAUUCCUCUAAAUAAAUGUGUUACAAUUUAUCUGUUAUAAUGUAGAUGAACAUUUUCCAUGUUUCCAGUUUAGAGUUAUAUAACUAAGACUGCUAUGAACAUUCCCUUACUAUGUCUUUUGGCAUUUUUAUGCCUUUCAUAUAUACCUUCAAGUAGAAUUGCUUGGUCAAAAGUAUGCACAUGCUCAGCUUUAGUGAAUGCUACCAAAUUAUUUCCCAAAGUGGUUGUAGCAAUUUAUACUCUAAUAAGCCAUGUAUAAUUCCAUUUGUCCCAAAUCCUUGCAAAUACUUGAUAUUUUCUAUCUUCUUCAUUUUAGCCAUUUUGAUAGGCGGGCAUUAUGUCAGUCUGGGGCAGCUAGUAAUUUUUCCCCAGACUUGAGUUAGCUAGCAGACACACUUUAGAAAAAUAUAUAUCUUCCCUAAGAUUGUAAUUUUGGGGUUGAGGCAUUAGUUUUUUGUGUCCCAGUUGCAAAGCAACAUUAAUGGGUGGGGGGAGGAAGAACCAUUAUAUUGUAUUUGGGAUUCAGGGGGGAAAAAAAGUCAGGAACCACUUUUUUUAAGUGUCCUACCUUGGUAGGAAAAAAAAAAAAGGAUUAUUCUCUUAACCCCAUGGUCACAAAUUUAGUUUCGAUAGACUGUGUGGUUGUUUUGUUUUGUUUUAUUUUUAACAAACCUACACUUUUAUUUAUUUGCUUUUCAGUAAAUUUAAAUCCUUAAGGAGUACAGCAUCACAGGGAUUCUGUGACUUUAGCAGGAAGAUGACUUUGGAAUUUGGCAUGACUGUACCACUGUUUCCAUGAGCGUGAGUUAUUUUUACCAGAUUACUAGGAUUUUUUAGAUUACUAAGUUUGUCACCAGGAGUCACUGGGUUGUUCUUUGAUUUGUACACAUAGAUGCAUCUCUUGCUUGGUAGAAUUCAUUUCCAUCUCGAGCAUAAACACCUUCAAUUUUAAGAAAAGCUGUGUGCUCCCUCUGGUUCCAGAGACCCUGCUGAUAGCCAGCAAAAAUGGCCUUGGACUACAGCCUUCUGUCGUUUUAGGAGUACUGUUCCCAGCAGGUCUCCUCAGGCUCCAAGAUGGCAGAAAGAGGUAGUUUUUUUAUAGACUUUGAACACAACAUACUUUAAGAAAGUUUAAAGUAUUGUUAAAUCAUUAUGAGCUAACAAUAAUCCACCCUGAUUAUUUUUCUUGAUUUAAACAUUGUUCAAAUAAUGUAUAAUUUAACAAAGUAUCUGCUUUGUGUAAUUUAUCGCAAGCAUUUGAUAAACCAGAUCAUCUUUAGAUUCUACAUGUGACAUCAAAAUAGUAAAGGCUCAUUGGCUGACUGGUUUCUUAGCACAAGGACAAUUCUUAUCUUCUGGUUGGGUGUCAGGAGUCUGAAACUUAUCUUUUGCAACUUAUCUUUUAUAUCUAUUUUUGAAACUUAUCUUUAGUCUUCAUAAUGUAGCUAGCAAGCACUUGAUUAAAAAGUAGUUGAUUUCCAUUCUUAAAGAGAAAACUUUUUUAAAUGUUUUUCUUAUUUUUUUAAAGGAGAUCUGCUACAUUUAUCUUCCACCAAUGCAAAGUUUUGUUAUCUCAGCUGCUGCUUCAGGCUGCCUUCUCUUGCUUCUAAAUUUUAGAGACUUGAGUUCCACUUUCCACAUUUCCAUAAAUAUCUGGCUCAUCCUUUUAGAAAUUCCUCUUGUUAUUCCUUAGUUUUCCAAAGCUGCCUUCAUAUGAAGCCUAUUAGUUCCCAGAAUCCAUUCCAGAAGUAUAUAAGUGGCAUCCCUGUGCACUGGAAAUUGAAGCUUUUGGAAACACACAGGUAGUGUGAUUUCAAACUACAAACCCGUGUGGGGGCUGACUUGUCGUGAGGAAUCAUCCUCAGAAGAAUGAUUUUCCCUCCAUCUAGUGCCAGAGCUUCCUAGCAGUCCCCUUCUGCAGUAUAGAAAAAACUGUUUCAGAAUUCCAAAAUCAGUAAUACCACCAACAAAAAGCCCAAAGCCUGAAAAAUGAAGACUAAAAUGGAGUAUUCAACCACCAAAAUCUCCCCAGCAAAGAUGAACAGCUCAGCAGGCAAGGCUUUGGUAAAAUCUCCCAAGUUGGGAAAAUCCCAGCAGAAGGCUGAAGAAGUUUGCCAAAUGUACUUUAUGCAGCUACGGUCUGGCCUUAUAAAAAAGACAGCCUGUUAUUUUAAGAAAGAAACCACCAAAAGACAUUCAACAAGAAGAGCUGGAAAGUAUAAAGAACAUCUAGUAUUCACUGCCCGUCAUCAGCAGCUGGAACGGCCUGUGGAGGGCUUAGCCUUUGGUGUGCCUAUGGUCCAGAAAUGCUUUGGAACAACUGAUGUUCCAAGUAUCCAAGAAUAUUCUGCUUCCCUGAGCACAUACAAUGAUCAAUCUAUUACUUUCGUUUUUGAGGAUGGAAGUUAUGAGAUCUAUGUAGAAGACUUGGGAAAAGACCAAGAGAAAGGUCAUGAUCUCAGCGUUCAUGGGAUUGAGCCCCAUGUCAGGCUCUACACUGACAGCACAGAUAAGGUGUUAUUCCGUUAUUAUGAUUUCCAACCACCCUCAUGUGAAACAGGUGAUGCUGAUGAUGGCCAUAUGUUAUUGGUAAAUCUGAGUCCUACAAAAGACAAAGACUUCCUGCUGCAUGCCAAUAACAAAGAACACUCUGUGGAGCUACAAAAAUGUGAAAAACCAUUGCCAGACCAGGCCUUCUUCCGCCUUCAUAGGAAGUCUUCCAAAUGUGUUUCAUUUGAAUGUAAGAAUGACCCUGGAGUGUUUAUAGGAGUAAAGGAUAACCACCUUGCUCUAAUUAAAGUAGAGGAUCAAACUGAGUAUUUUAGUACAGAGAAUAUCAUAUUUAAACUCUCUUAAACUUAAUGUUGUGGAAAGCUGUGGAUCUUGUGUUGGAUAACUCAAAUAGCUACCACUGGAGAAAUUAUCGAGAAAUAAAGAAAGAGGUAACAUUCAAGGGAAAUGGAGGGUACUUAGUAUGCUAUGGAAUGUUUUUCUCAUUAUGUGUAAAUGCUUUUUUAUGGUCUUUCAUUUCUGCAUUUUGUUUCCUUCUCUAUCAUUACAUAUUCAAUAAGGUAUUGCACCUCAGAAGAGGUACAACCUGAACUUUAAUUUUUUCUACUUUCAGUACAGAAAGAACUUCAUAUUUAGAGCUGAGACCUCUGAGGAGAAGCAAGGGCCUUAAUCCAAGUCUCAUUUUAGACAGGAAUCCAUUUUAAAGAGCUACAUAAAGACAUAAUUUUCCCUGGUUCCAAACAAUGAGUUCAAACACUAAAGCUAUUGGUGAAAAGACAACCAAAUCUAUUUGGACUGACCAUUUCACAACUGGAAUAAAACACCAAAUUUGUUUGAAGAUGUCCAAAACUUCAGAUACCUACCUACAUAGGUAGGCAGAUAAUAUAAAUAUAUGAAAUUACAAAGACAGUCAAAACAUUAAGAAAAAUAAAUCCAGUAUUUGUAAAGUAAAUAAUUUUACCUCUAAUUGUAAACUGCUGAUUUUUAUAGACUUAGUUAAGUUUAAGCAAAACAUUCUUCUAUUAGGAAAUAAAAUAAAUUUUAGUUCAGACAUAUAAUUGAAAUCAUUAGGAAUAUCCAACAAAUUAAAACGUUUUUUUAAAAGCACUGAGACACAACUUAUUUUAGGACAUCCAAGUACCAUGGGAUCCAAGUACCACAGUGAAUUCAGAAAUCCUCUAAUCUACUAGAGCCUAGAUAGGACACAGGAUUAACAUCACAAUUUCAAUAACUGACUCUUCCUGAUGUUUGUAGUAUACUAUGUCCUUCUGACCCUAUUCUCCAGGGAUCUAUGACUUUUGAUAUACAUAUCACCCUGGACAAAAUUUCUUCUAAUACUUUCUUCCCAUGUAUACAAAUGUUUUUCUUGUCCAGCUUUCCGAUUACCCUACUUAUUAUGGCAUAUUUGUUUGAAUUUUAUUACUUCUUUAUUCUUUUGACCAAAUGUGUUCUUGAUAUACCUUUUGUGACUCCUGAGCUUCAUUACAAAUCAUCUGAUAUCUGGAUGCCAUCUUUAUUUUACUUCAUCUAUCUGAUGUUGUAGAAUUUCAUAUAAGCCUAUUAAAGAGCAAUAUUUUUUUAUUAAA